GGGGUGGAACCAAGGGAAGGUGCUCGGAGGUGGAUAGGGGGUGGAACCAAGGAACGGUGCUUGGAGGUGGAUAGGGGGUGGAACCAAGGGACGGUGCUCAGAGGAGGGGACGGUGCUUGGAGGUGGGCAGAGGGUGGAACCAAGGGACGGUGCUUGGAGGAGGGUAGGGGUGGAAUCAAAGGAAGGUGCUCGGAGGUGGGACGGGGGUGGAACCAAGGGACGGUGCUCAGAGGUGGGUAGGUGGUGGAACCAAGAGACGGUGCUUAGAGGUGGGUAGGGGUGGAACCAAGGGACAGUGCUCAGAGGUGGGUAGGGGGUGGAACCAAGGGACUGUGCUCAGAGGUGGGCA